CAGAAAAAAAAAAGGAUAAGACGCUUAUCAGCUAUGCUUCCGUAACCCAACCAGGCGUCUGAGUGUCUGUCGUAAAGCGAAGUGAGGUUGAGAUGUCAAUAAUGUCGAUUUGUUCAGCGAUAUCAGGGUGUUACUGGCGGAGCCCAGAUUUGUUGAGCAAUCGGGAGUCGAAGUCGUUUCUGAAAGUGAAAGCGGGGAGCAGCAGGAGGCCGAGAAGAGCGAUGGUGACGAUGAGCAUGGAGACUGGAGUUGGAGUGAUGGGCACGAAGCUGGGCAUGAUGAGCUACUUCCAGGCCGACGGAGAGGUGGUCCCUGUGACGGUGGUGGGCUUCAAGGAAGGCAAUAUCGUGACGCAGGUGAAGACGGAAGCAACUGACGGAUACAGUGCAGUCCAGGUCGGGUACCAAAGGGUGAGGGACAGAAAAUUGACUAAACCCGAAAUGGGUCAUCUCCAGAAGGCUGGUGCCAUCGCCAUGCGCCAUCUUCAGGAGUUUCGCCUUCUCUCCGUCGACGCUUUUCAGCCCAACCAGCGUCUCGUCUUCGACCAAAUCUUCCAGGAGGGCGAUCUUGUUGACGUCUCCGGCACCACCAUCGGCAAGGGUUUCCAAGGUGGAAUCAAGCGUCACAACUUCAAGAGGGGUCUAAUGACCCAUGGUUCUAAGAGUCACAGACAACUAGGAUCAAUCGGUGCUGGAACUACACCUGGCCGUGUAUACAAGGGAAAGAAGAUGCCUGGUAGGAUGGGAGGAACCAAGAGGAAGAUUAGAAAGCUUAAGAUUGUCAAAAUUGAUAAGGAUCUUAAUGUGGUUAUGAUCAAAGGUGCUGUCCCUGGUAAGCCAGGGAAUCUUCUGCGAAUAACUCCAGCCAAGAUUGUUGGAAAGAACAUUCCAAAAAAUUAAUGUGUCAUGGUUUUUUGUUUUUAUCGUUUUUCUUACAUUCCUGUUUAUUAUCUUCUUAGUGUUAGUGUUGGCCUUGAUUAAUUAUCUGUAACUCUCUGCCCUUAUUGUUUA